AUGGAGGCCAGCGCCGUCUCCGCCAUCCCCACGCCGGCGGGCGGGGACGGAGACGACGCUUGCGCGUCUCCUCCCUGCGCGUCCUCGCCUUCCCCUUCUGGGCGGCUGUCCACAGACGCCGGCCGAGCAGAGUCAGACCUCCUCGCGUUCUUUCCGGCGACGCGUCCCGAGUUUGUGUGCCGUGCAGGCGCAGUAGCAGCAGUCCGUCGCGAAGAUUUCGAGAACGAACACCGAGCGCGUCACCUCCUCUCGUUCCAGCGGAGCAUGCAGGAGUGGGGCGAGUUCGAUCCUGACUCGCGAAACAGCGUCGAGCCGGCGGUGAUCGCGGAGUUCACGCGCCGACUGCUGGAAAAGAACCCAAAGACAACUGCCGAGUUCAACCAGUGCUGCGCAGAGCUCCGCAAGUUCUUCCGGAGAGCGCCCUCGAAGGCUCAGAUCAUCGCCGCCUACGAGGCGCUGACGCGGGCCGAAGAAGGCGUGCAGGCGGAGAGCGCGCCGAAAGUCUCGGAUGCGAGCGAAACGGGGACACCGAGCGGCUGCGAGACGCUCUCUGCAUCGCCCGAGAAAAACGCGUCGUGGUCAGACGCCAAGGCGCCGCGGGUUGCGGGCGGCACUCCCGUCGUCUCGGAUGCGUCUGCGUCGGUUUCCUCGGAAUCCCGUGAUUCCUCCGCCGUUUCCUCUGCGGCCCCCGUCAAGAGAAACCGCGUUCUCGAGACGCUGAUGCGGCGCAAAGCGAUCCGCACUAACAGCGGGGUGCUGGUGAUCACAGUGUUGACGUCUCCGGGGAAGUUCUCGUGUCCCCACAACUGCCACUACUGCCCGAACGAACCGGGUCAGCCUCGGUCGUACCUCAGCACCGAGCCGGCGGUUCUGCGCGCGAACCAAAACGACUGGGAUGCAGUCAGGCAGUUCCACGACCGCGCGUCCACGCUCCAGGGUAACGGCCAUACCGUCGACAAAAUCGAAGUCCUCGUCUUGGGCGGCACCUGGAGCGGCUACCCGAGUGACUACCAGGAGGAGUUUAUUCGAGAUCUGUUCUACGCAGCAAACGUGUUCAACUCGCCGCUGCCUUUCCGGCCCAAGCUUCCUCUCGAAGAAGAACAGACCGCGAAUGAGACUGCAGAGUGCCGCAUCAUUGGGUUAACCCUCGAGACGCGUCCCGACUUCAUUAACCGUUUCGAAAUCCGCAAGCUGCGGCGGUUCGGGUGUACUCGCGUUCAGCUCGGCCUCCAGCACGUGGAGAACGAAGUCUUGCAAUACAUCAAUCGAGGCUGUGAACGCCACGACGCCGUCAAGGCCAUUCGCCUCCUCAAAGACUCGGGCUACAAAGUCGACAUCCACAUCAUGCCCGACCUCCCAAGCAGCACUGCGGAGCGAGAUCUGCGCAUGUUCUUCUACCUGCUCGGCUCCUCGGACCUCCAGGCUGACCAGUGGAAGUUGUAUCCCUGUGAAGUCACGCCUUUCUCAGAGAUCGAGCGAUGGUACAGCGAAGGAAGCUUCGUUCCGUACGCGGAGAAGGACGGAGGCCGCGAACUGGUGGACCUGCUGCUUCGCGUGAAGGCGGCAGUCCACCCGUGGAUUCGUCUGAACCGCGUUGUUCGCGACAUUCCCAACCAGUCGAUUAUUGCUGGAAACAACAUCACGAAUCUCAGGCAAUUGCUUACGCUGGAGCUGGAGAAGCGGGGCUUGACUUGCAAGUGCAUUCGUUGCCGCGAAGUGAAGGAUAUGCCGAUUGAUGUUCACGAGAAGGCCGUGUUGAAGGUUCGUGAAUAUCCGAGCAAUGGCGGCCAGGAAUUGUUUUUGAGUUUCGAGACAGAGGACGAAGCGAUCAUUUUCGGAUUUCUCCGUCUUCGUCUCCGCUGGGAGGAUCAACCGCGAAACAAGAAAGAUGUGCCGUUCGCCUGCCUGGACGGCGCGGCGCUUCUGCGCGAGCUCCACGUCUACGGCUCUCUCGUGGCCCACGGCGAAGACAAGAUCAAGGACGACUGUCGACCGCAGCACGCGGGCUUGGGACGCCGCCUCAUGCAGGCGGCAGAAAUCCUCGCGAUGAGUCGAGGUUUCUUCCGGAUGGCCGUCAUUGCAGGUGUGGGAACUCGCGAGUACUACCGCAAGAACGGGUAUGAACUGAGAGAGACGUACAUGGUGAAGGACUUGGCGCCGCCGCCGGAGGGCGACUUUUCCCUUCUCGGUAUGCCCCUGCCUCCCACGAUCACUGUGCUGCAGGUUCCUCUCCUCUCUGCAAGCGAGCUCUUGGUUGUUCCUCUGCCGGAGCCCGAAGAGCGCCAGCGGCCUAAGGACGCAGGCCGGCAGGCAAAAGACGCGAAUCGACGAAGAGAAUCUCCCGCGGCCGGCGCCGCUUCCGCUGAGCGCGGGGACGCGAAACAGGGAAAGAAAACGCGGACGGAGCGGGGCAACCAUGGCACGGCGCAGGAUGGCGAGCAAGAAAGACGGAACCGGUGCGGUGCUGGCGAAGCCGCUGCGGCCUGCGUGCGAGAUCUGGUGAAGACCUUGCGAGACGGUUGCCAGAAAACGCGCUCUGAAGUCGUCGAUGUGGAGAAAGCUGUCCAAGACAUCCGAAAGGCGGCGCGACGCGAAACACAGGAAAACGCUGUGGCAGCCGGCCCCAGGUCGACGACGUACGUCGAUCCCGACACCUUUGGCGAGUUCGCGACCGUGCUGUAUCCCCAGGCGCGCUUGCGAGUUGAGCGCCAUCUGAAUCUUGAGAUGGAACAGAAGAGAAGCAUUUCGCAAAUCCGAAAGGCGCUGGCGAACUCUCUGCAUGCAGUGUCCGAGUGGUGGGCGGGCACUUGCGAGCUCUGGAAACCGUCUUCGCUGGCGAUGGCUCUCGGUCUUGGGCUCGUCGGUCUGGGAACUGCAGCCGGCGUUACGCUGAUUGUGUCAAGAGCUGUGCGGAGGCGUGUGUAG